AUGAUUCCUUACACACUUUUAAUUUACAUCCCAGAUUUUAGUGAAUUAAAAACAGCAACUCAUUCUCGACAACCUACUAGUGCUGGUGAAGUUCCAAUCAAGGCAAACAAAAGCUCAUCGAGCUGCUUUUCAUCACCAACCCUAUCUAAACGAAGGCCACGCCCUAGACAACAAAAUCCAUUAUUAUGUAACCAACUGGUAGGUACAAAUAGAGGUUCAUUCACUGUCAGUAGUGGCCGAACGCCCGGGUCAUGUCAUCGUCUACGUGGUCGAACUCCACUUUCCAGAACCACAACAUCCACUUGUACAGACCAUAUUCAUCGAACUCCAAGAGUAUCUACCAGUACAACCACCCUUUACGCCCCUGAGAAAUCUAUUAUUGUAGCUAUAGUAGAAGGGAGAGGAUUGGCUCGUGGGGAAGUUGGGAUGGCUAGUUUGGAUCUCAGAAAUCCUGAGCUACUUUUGUCACAGUUUUCAGAUAGCCAAGCUUAUGUGAAAGUUCUUACAAAGCUUCGGAUACUGGAACCCAUUGAGAUUAUAGUGCCUAACACGGCCUGGGAAAAUGUCACAGGGUCAAGAAUUGUCCAGCAAAUCACUGACCAGUACCCUGAUACCACUAUUGCUACUGUUCAAAGAAAGUAUUUCAAUGAGGCCAAAGGGCUACAGUACAUUAAUCAUCUUUGUGUUCCAGAGUACAGUUCAGUAGAGAUGGAGGUUGCUACUAAGUACUACUGUCUUGCUGCUGGUGCUGCCUUGCUGAAAUAUGUUGAAUUUAUACAAAAUGUAUUGUAUGCUCCUCAUUCUCUCAAGAUCAUCUUCCGAGGAAGUGAAAACACAGCUGUCAUUGAUUUUGCGACAGCAAAGAACCUGGAGCUAUUGGUUAAUCUUUGUGACCCAAAGAGUGACCACAGUUUGUUUGGCAUCCUUCACCACACCAAGACCGUUGGAGGUUCUCGAUUCCUUAGAGCCAACAUCCUCCAACCUCCUUGUCAUCAGGAGACUAUUGAAACUCGACUAAACUGUGUAGAAGAACUCACGGAAAAUGAAGAAUUGUUUUUCAGUUUACAGGCAGUGCUAGGAAGGUUCCUGGAUGUAGAACACCUGCUAUCACUUUGUAUUCAAAUUCCAAAACAGGAGAAUACCCGCACAGCUGAGCAGAAAAUCACAAACAUCAUUUACUUGAAGCACACUUUAGAAUUGGUUGAGCCACUCAGGGCUGCUCUUGAUCAUAGCAACAACCCACUUUUCAGGACUUACUAUGAGUCUUUAAAGGAUGAUAGGUUUGAAGAGCUGUUGGAGAUCAUUCAUCAGGUUGUUCAUGACGAUACUCGCUACCAGAAGGGAGCUCUCAACAUGAGGUCACAAAAAUGUUUCGCUAUAAAGCCAAACAUUAAUGGAUUAUUGGACGUUGCAAGAAGAAUGUAUACAGAAAGUAUGGACGAUAUUGUUGAAAUGAUCCGGCAACUUGGUGAGAAACACAACUUACCCCUGAAGACCAAUUACAACAUGCUGAAGGGAUUCUAUAUACAGCUUUAUUGUGAUAGAAGGUCUAACAUUACUGUAAAAAAUCUCCCUCCUGUCUUCAUCAAGGUGGUGAAGAACAAGAACACAUUAAAUUUCACAACUGAGGAUUUG